GAGGAUGACGACAUCGCAUAGACAGGAACUUAUCACGAUAGAUAACGUUUUCCAAAUGUGGGAGCGUACCGAUUAUUCGCAGAAUACUCGUGGACGUGAAAUCUUAUCGAUAGAUUCGGAGUACAGAAACGAUAAAACCGUUGUUUUAAAUGCCGUCGUUUGCACGUUCGCCGCGGGAUUCGAUAUCUAUCACGACGCGCACUUGGAACUGCCGGUCGGUCGCGACCGGUUCGAUGGAAAUGAACGCGAAUUUCGGCCCCGAACCGUCCGAGAAUCUUAUAAACAAUAGUGAAAAAAAGGAGGAUGAGUUUCUGAUCAGUUAUCGGGACCGAUUCUACGACAUACGCAGCUUCCUAAAGUCUCAUCCGGGCGGAAGUAAGGCGCUCGGUUACUUUAAAGGGCGUAGCUUGGACAAAGCCUUCGACCAAAAUCCACACUCGAAAAGUGCGUUUCAUCUGUUGGAGGACUUCAUUUUGAACGACCGUGAAAAAUAUCAAGAAUACGAAGACCUCAUUGACUGGAAUGCACCUAUACUUCGCCAAGUCGGGAACUUAGGCGAUAAAUAUUGGGAAUGGAUGAAUCUACCGGUAAAUCGAAAGAUUCGAUUAUUUGAAUCAAAUCUCUUGGAGAUUAUAUCGAUCACACCUUGGUACUUUAUACCGAUCGUCUGGGUCCCUGUGUGCAUCUACUUCCUUUAUUCAGGAUUUGCAACAAUCACCAACAAUUAUACUGGAAGCGCCGUAUUCGAAGCUUUGGUCUCGUACGCAUUUGGUAUAUUUUUGUGGAGUAUUUUAGAGUACAUACUUCACCGUAAACUUUUUCACUUUAAGCCACCUGCUACCUCGAAAGUGCUUAUCUCUUUGCAUUUCGUGAUUCACGGGGUUCACCACAAGGCACCGUUCGACGAUAGGAGAUUGGUGUUUCCUCCUGGAGCGGGUUUAUUAGUAGCGAAAUUGUUGUGGUUAAUUUACGAAGCAUUAUUCUCUGAGAAGACGAUUUAUUUUAUUGCCGCUGGUACUACAACAGGCUACAUCUGUUACGAUUUAAUUCAUUAUUAUUUACACCAUGGAUCACCGAAUGAUGGGACUUAUUUAUACACCAUGAAAAGAAACCACAAUUAUCACCAUUUCUCGCAUCACGAUCUAGGCUUCGGAAUUAGCAGUAAAUUUUGGGAUUACGCGUUAGGAACGAAUAUUUAUUUACGCCAAUUAACGAAAUCGAUAGAAUGGUGAAAUUACUUGUACGCUUUGUAUAGUAAUUCUUGUUAUCAUCACGCGAUCAAAAUGAAUUAAAUCGAUAGCGAUA